GCCAAAACUUUGUGAUAUAUUAUUGAUAUUACUACGAGUCGUCAUCGCCGUAGAAGAUGCCGUCUGGGAAAUAUUACUGUGAUUACUGCGACAAGGAGUUUCAAGACACUCAAGUCGCUAGAAAACGCCAUCUUCAGAGCAAACCUCAUCUCCGAGCUAAGGCUCUUUGGUACAGCUCUUCCUCAGAUCUUAAUCCACAAGUCUCCAAUUUUGCGACUAAGGGUCUCUGCAAUAGCUUCAUUACCUCGAACUUUUGCCCAUUCGGAAACUCAUGUAGAUACGUUCACCCCAGCACAGGAUUCACCAAUAAUACACAACCUCAUGCUAAUCAGCUUAACCAACACAUCCAAGGGAGUACUUUAAACCGUGAUUUUGUUAGUGGGAGACUGAAUACAGGUUGGUUUGAUCUUCCGCCAUCUCUGAGACCGCCUCCCGAGCAAGGCUAUCCUCAACUUCCUUCUAUAGACUGGGGAUAAAGAUAAAUUGUGCUCAGAUUCAGUAUUGAUGAUGCUUCUAUAUGAAAGAAAAACUAAUCUCUGCUCGUUAUUCGUUAAGCUCCAUAGAUUUGUAUCUCUUCGGAUUGGAAGAAUAUCAACCAAGCUUCGUCUUGUUACUUAUGCAGAAAGUAUUUUUAUAGACAUUGUUUGGACAUUGCAAUUAAACACUUUGCGCGGUUUUGUUGAUAGAAAAGUCUUUGAAUUUUAUUAGCUCCUCCAUAGUCAUUUGCUUGAGUGUCUCUGCCUUGUAAAUAAAAAACCUGAAAAACACCCACAAGACUUCAUUCCCUGAACCAAACUUCCUAAAUAUUUGAUAGAGUCGGAGCAGUAAGCUCGUUAAGCUUAUGGGUUAUUUAUCCUUGUAUGUAAAUUUAAACUUGGUGCAGUUGAACUAUGAAUGGAUGUUUGUAAGUAGCAUAAAAUCAGAAGUAAAGUAAGCAGAAACACAGCUUUUGUUUAUAAAGAUUAAGAUGUAA